AUGGAGUCGGGAGCGUUCCAUGAUUGUUUCUGGGUGCUUCCCGUUUUGUCAAGUCUCAGCUUUGCUCAGCGGGAUCAUGUGCUCCAAGGCGAUGGUGCAGCAGGCUCAGGCCUGGUGAGAUCUGGUGAGUCUAGUGGCUCUUGGUAUCCUCUUGAUCAUGAUUUUCAGGUGCGGGGCGCGUCGGGUGCUGCCCCCAUCGGAAUGGCAAUUGGCAGCCGAUUGUACCAAAACUUGUAUCAUCCUGGGCAGGUCUCCGUGCGGCGUUUGCCCGCUUGGCCGCUGAGCGGCUGGGUCUUCCGCCAGAGGCCCGCGGCUUACAGGGCAUGCUUGAGCAUGGCCGUACGUGGGCACCUGCUUGUCCCGGCAGCUCAGGCCUCUGCAGCAGCGUCGGUUGCAUCUGCGCCAUCCGUGGUGACGGUCGGGGAGGCACAUGUCGUCAAUCUGCUCGUAGAGCCGCUGCUGUUGCUGCAGCAGAUGACGCUAUUGCAAGUCCAUUUCCCCGCCUUUUGCUGUCAGGAGGUGGACAUGACAGCUGCGCUGAGGCUGCGCUCCAAGUACAAGGACAUGUUCCAGAAGCUGCAUGGACCACAGCUGGGAAUGCUGUCGCUUAUCGUCAAGGCCAUCCCAAGCAAACCUGCCAUGCAAAGCAUGACAAAGCUACUGCAAGCGAUCGCGAUGGCCAGUUUCAUCGGUGUCGUGCAGGUUCCGGGUGUGAACGCGAUCAUUGAUGACGGGACCGUGGACAUCAGCAUCCCCAUUCCCAGCCCGCGGGGCAUCAUCGCGUGCACCUUGAGGGACGCCCAUUCGAUGUCGAUCCGGGACAUGGAGCACGAGAUUGCAGGGCUGACAGAUCGAGCUGCACGGGACGAGCUGUGUGUUGAGGACCUGAGCCAAUCGACCUUCGGCAUCGUGGAUGCCGGCAUAGCCGGGGGAAUGCUUGGCACUGGCAUCAUAAACUACCCGCAGAGCGCGUCCAUGGGAACCAAUGCGGUCAAGGGACGCGUAACGGUGGUGGAUGGCAAAGUUGAAGCUCGACCCAUCAUGCCUGCCUGGCAGUUCACCUCCUUGACCUACGACCACCGCCUGGUUGAUGGCCGUGAGGCUGUCACGUUCCUCUGCAACGUCCGAGACAAGCUGCAGGACGCCUGUGGCGCGGGGGUUGAAAGGGGCCAGUUCCUGAAAUGCGCGUGCGGCCGCGACGGGGCAGGUCAGCACGUACAAGAACAGGACAGAUACACGGAUGUGCGCCUUCCAUGCCAGCUGGCGAGGAAAAGACAGGCUGUGCAAAACCAAAACUUUGCCCAGAUGGAAGGACAGGCGAGCAUAAAAUGGUACGAUCCUCGCCGAGCCUACGGCUUCUGCUAUGUCUCUGUGGAAGACGAGGUCGACGGUGCCACCAAGGUUGUUGAAGCCUUUUUCGGAAGGGAGGAGGCCCAGGCUGCCCGAGAUCGCGGACUAAGCUUAGCUCGAGGAGAAGGGCUUCUGUGCGAUUUGCUGAAGGUUGCCAGAGGCCGCUUCGAAGCCACCCAGCUCCACUCUCGAUCCUCAGGUCCAGAUGCGACUUCUCGAGGUGCCGAUCAUCUUCAGGAAUCGAUUGAGAUCUUCACACAGGAGUUGGAGACCGAAGUCAUGCCAGCGCUGGGCUCGUUGGAGCACUUCCCCAGCGCCGCAGACCGCUUCUGUGAGCUAUUGGACAUCGUGUGGAACCAACAUUCGGCUGCCGGCCGAGCUCGAUUAGAGGCCUUUGUGCAGCAGAAGUGUUUCAAGGCCGUGCAGGUUUCUGCACGCCAGACAUUGAUGUGUCCUGAUUUGGCCUUCGACACCAUUGCCUCUGACAAGAUGUCCGCUUGGCUUGCGAGACUGUCGUCAGCACCAUGGUGUUGGUCUUCACACCAACGCCAAACACUGCGAGAAAUGUCGGAGCUUGCCCAGCUCGUCUGCGGAAGCUCCAGCAAUGGCGACGAGUGCCAUGUGGACAAGGGCUUGCAGCGCAGGGCUUACGACGUGCUCCGCGAGCGCACGUCGCGUUUCGUGGUCGUGCUCGAGGGAGUUCGAAACUCUGCCAACCAGCAGAUGAUCCUGCGUACAUGUGAAGCUCUUGGCAUCCAGGAGGUAUGGCUUGUGCCACCACCUUCGGGUGCCAAGUAUCGGGCCACGAUGGUCCGAUCCCGUCAUGCUUCCAGAGGUGCUGAAAGGUUUCUGACGCUGCGGCGAUUCGCCAGUGUGGAGGAAGUGGCUGCAUGCUGCAAAGCAGAAGCUCGUGAGCUAUGGGCUUCCUACUGCCCCCCCAGGACGAAGGUGAGCGCUCCAUCUGCUCCUGCCUUGGCAGUACCUUUGGUUCGCGGGUCGGUGCCGUCUCCGCUACCGCGGCUGGCAUUGGUCCUCGGUACAGAAGGAGAUGGGAUUUCAGCAGACAUGCUGAGAAGUGCAGAUCUCGCCGUGUUUAUACCAAUGUAUGGUUUCAUGCAGUCCCUGAAUGUGGCCGUGGCUUGCGGAAUGCUACUUCAACGACUCUUCGACCUUUGUCCGGAAGCAAGGGGGGACAUCCCUCCGAUGUUUCAAGAACAUCUGGCUGCGAGGCUGCAGCAUCUGCGCCCGGCCAGAGGUUGUGAGGAUGAUUACGAGAAUGAUGGUGAGAAUGACAAUGACACCGAUUCCUGA